CCCGCGCGGGGUGACCCGGAAGCUGUUGUGAGGUGCCACCGCGCAGCCCUGUUCUCUUUUCCGAUCGGCGUGGCUCGUGACUGGAGCGUCCGCGGCGUCCGGGCCUUCGCCAUGAGCGUCCCGGCCUUCAUCGAUAUCAGUGAGGAAGAUCAGGCUGCUGAGCUUCGAGCUUAUCUGAAAUCGAAAGGAGCUGAAAUUUCAGAAGAAAACUCAGAAGGUGGACUUCAUGUAGAUUUAGCUCAGAUUAUUGAAGCCUGUGAUGUGUGUCUGAAGGAAGAUGAUAAAGAUGUUGAAAGUGUGAUGAACAGUGUGGUAUCCCUCCUCUUGAUCCUGGAACCAGACAAGCAAGAAGCUCUGAUUGAAAGCCUGUGUGAGAAGCUAGUCAAAUUUCGGGAAGGUGAACGCCCAUCUCUGAGGCUGCAGUUGCUGAGCAACCUUUUCCAUGGGAUGGAUAAGAAUACUCCUGUAAGAUAUACGGUGUAUUGUAGCCUCAUUAAAGUGGCAGCAUCUUGUGGAGCCAUCCAGUACAUUCCAACUGAGCUGGAUCAAGUUAGAAAAUGGAUUUCUGACUGGACCCUCACCACUGAGAAAAAGCACACCCUUUUAAGACUACUUUAUGAGGCGCUUGUUGAUUGUAAGAAAAGAGUGGGUUAUAUACUUGAAGAAAAAGUCAUCUGUUUUCAUGAUGCUGCUUCAAAAGUCAUGGUGGAAUUGCUGGGAAGUUACACGGAGGAUAAUGCUUCUCAGGCUAGAGUUGAUGCCCACAGGUGUAUUGUUCGGGCACUGAAAGAUCCAAAUGCAUUCCUUUUUGACCAUCUUCUUACUUUAAAACCAGUCAAGUUUUUGGAAGGCGAGCUUAUUCAUGACCUUUUAACCAUUUUUGUGAGUGCUAAAUUGGCAUCAUAUGUCAAGUUUUAUCAGAAUAAUAAAGACUUCAUUGAUUCACUUGGCCUAUUACAUGAACAGAACAUGGCAAAAAUGAGACUACUUACUUUUAUGGGAAUGGCAGUGGAAAAUAAAGAAAUUUCUUUUGACACAAUGCAGCAAGAACUCCAGAUUGGAGCUGAUGAUGUUGAAGCAUUUGUUAUUGAUGCGGUAAGAACUAAAAUGGUCUACUGCAAAAUUGAUCAGACCCAGAGAAAAGUAGUUGUCAGUUGUUCAGCGAGAAUAGAAGGUUUAGGAUCAAUAUGUCAUAGCACACAUCGGACAUUUGGAAAACAGCAGUGGCAGCAACUGUAUGACACACUUAAUGCCUGGAAACAAAACUUGAACAAAGUGAAAAACAGCCUUCUGAGUCUUUCUGAUACCUGAAUUUUUAUGCAUUUAAUUUUAUUCUUUUAAAAACAAAUCUAAAUCAUAGUAAAACAUUAUAAACUGAAA